GAGCAGGGGUUUAAAACGCAAACGCUUGCAUGUGACGUCACUUUCUGGUACAGGGUGCAUACGGCUGUGUGUUUGCGGCGCAGCAGCAACAACAAAGCGAAUAAAGUGCUUCUUGUUUUUAAUUAAAGGUCAACUAUCUUCUUGAGCCAAGAUGUCGUACAUGCUUCCUCAUCUCCAUAACGGCUGGCAGGUGGACCAGGCCAUUUUAUCCGAAGAGGAUCGCGUGCUUGUUAUCCGGUUUGGCCACGACUGGGACCCCACGUGCAUGAAAAUGGAUGAAGUUUUGUACAGCAUUGCGGAAAAGGUGAAGAAUUUCGCAGUGAUUUACCUGGUGGAUAUCACAGAAGUUCCAGAUUUCAACAAGAUGUACGAGUUGUAUGACCCCUGCACGGUCAUGUUCUUCUUCAGGAACAAGCACAUCAUGAUCGACCUGGGCACAGGUAACAACAACAAGAUCAACUGGACAAUGGAGGACAAACAGGAGAUGAUCGACAUCAUCGAGACGGUGUACAGAGGAGCGCGCAAAGGACGAGGUCUCGUCGUGUCUCCUAAAGAUUAUUCAACCAAAUACAGAUACUAACUCUAUUUAUUCAUACGUAUUCAGAGACGUUACCCCUGGAUGGACACCUCACUGAGACAUCACGUAUACAUACAGACUGAAAAGAGACCCGGUCUUGUCUUAAAGAUCCUUUUCUUUUUUUUUUUUUUUUCUUCACCGCAGCUGAAAACGUGUCGCGUUUUGUUUAAAUGUUGUGAAUAAAUGUUUUUGAUAUUAUUCGGAAA